AUGAGGCUGUAUGUUGCUUGUGCAGGUAAAUAUACACCACAAUACAAUUGGCUUGAACAAGAAUUCCCCAAGGUUAAUAGAGCCGAGACUCCAUGGCUGAUUGUUCUUCUUCACUCUCCAUGGUACAACAGCAAUAACUACCACUAUAUGGAAGGAGAAAGCAUGAGAGUUAUGUUUGAGCCAUGGUUUGUCAAAAACAAGGUUGAUCUUGUGUUGGCUGGUCAUGUACAUUCAUAUGAACGUUCAGAGAGAAUAUCAAAUGUGAGGUACAACAUAACAGAUGGACUAAGUGCACCGGUUAAGGAUCCUUCAGCACCAGUAUACAUAACCAUUGGAGAUGGUGGAAACAUUGAAGGCAUAGCUAACAGUUUCACUGAACCACAGCCUGAUUACUCUGCCUUUCGAGAAGCAAGCUUCGGACAUGCAACGCUUGAGAUUAAAAAUCGGACUCAUGCUUAUUAUACUUGGCACCGUAACCAUGACAGCGAACGUGUUGCUGCUGAUUCUCAGUGGUUUUACAAUAGGCAUUGGCAUCCAGCAGAAGAGCGCAGUUCUGCUACCAACAUGGUUUAG